AUGGCGAACACAACUGUCAAAGGUGCCACUUCAGUGCACGGUACAAACCCGCAGCACCUUAUCGAGACCGUCAUCCGCAGCCGUAUCUACGAGUCGCUUUACUGGAAAGAACACUGUUUCGCCUUGACCGCGGAGACUCUUAUUGAUAAAGCGAUUGAGCUGAACUGUAUUGGCGGAAUGUAUGGCAACCAGCGACCGACGCAUUUUAUGUGUUUGUUGCUGAAGUUGCUUCAAAUCCAGCCGGAGAAGGAGAUCCUUAUCGAGUACCUAUUAGUGGAGGAGUUCAAGUACCUGCGAGCACUGGCAGCGCUCUACAUACGUCUGGUUUUCCGCCCCGCAGAAGUCUACGAGCUCCUCGAGCCCCUGCUCAAAGAUUACCGAAAAAUACGCCUGCGAAACAUGUCCGGCUACGUCCUUACCUACAUGGACGAAUAUAUCGACGAGCUGCUGCGAGAAGAACGCGUGUGCGAUAUCAUCCUUCCCCGGAUGACGAAGCGUGAUAUCCUGGAGGAGGUCGAGGGGCUCGCGCCAAGACAGAGUCUGUUGCUGGAUGCGAUG